CAACUCUCUUGUCAAUACAAAAUUGAAAGCAAAAACAUCCCAAUAAUAAAUCAUCAUUCACUUUUUAUGAUUCAUCUAUCUACACUCUUUUCUCAACCCUUUAAAGUACAAAAACAAAAAUGAAAAUGAGCACUUCAUGUUGCUUCAAAUUCAAUCCAUGCAAGAAAAUAGUAAAGUUGUUCAAGUUCAAAUUAAGACUAAGAAAGCCCCUCUUUAUAAGAAGGCUUCGAAUUUUUCGUCCUUCAAUAAGAUGUGAAAGCAAUACAAUCACCCGUAAAAAGCAAGCUUCACAAGUUCUUUCGGUGUUUCGUUCGAUAAGGAGACAAUCAAGAGAGAAGGACCAAGUCAUGGAGCUCAAAAGUUUCUCCGAUGCAGGCCAUAUUAAAGCACCAGUUCCAUCACCAAUAACUCCAGCUUAUGCAAGAUUAAGUGGAGCUACUAAAAAAGAAGUAGUAAUAUUUCAAGAUGAUGUUGAAGAUGCAUGUAGAAGCUUCGAGAAUUAUCUAGCAGAAAUGAUUGUUGAAGAAGGAAAAAUAAGGGAUUUAAUGGAUGUAGAAGAAUUACUACACUGUUGGAAGAAUUUAAAAAGUCCUGUAUUUAUUGACUUGGUGUGCACAUUCUAUGGUGAGCUAUGCAAAGAUUUGUUUUCCAAUAGUUAUAAGGAUGAUAACAUGAGCACUACUCCAAAGAGAGUCUUGCAAUGA